UAAUUACUACUAAGUAUUAUAUUAUAUUAAUGCUUCCUUAAUUCCUUUUAUAAUGUUGUUAAUGUUAAUCAUCUCUUUUUCUGCUUACUUACUUUUGGUUUUGGUUCUACAUUUUGUAUUUUGAGUUUGAAUUUCUGAGACCUGUGUUUGGCUGCUCAGAAAAUUUAAGCAAACUGAGUACCUAACAGAGAAGACCACUGCCUGUUUUCUUUUUUAGACGGAAGGGAAUGCUUCAUGGUUUUGAUGGCUUCCAUACGAUGUAACUCCUCCUGAAGGCACAAAUUUGAAAUUUUGUAUGAUUAGAAAAUGAAGGCACAAAUUAAACCCAGAGGAGGAGGAGGAGCAUCAUCCGGUAGAAAUAACGCACAACAGACUGUUUUUGAGCUAAAGCAGAGAGUGGUUACUGCACUUAACAAGCUUUCUGAUAGAGAUACUUGCCAAAUAGGGGUUGAUGACCUCGAAAAGAUUGCUCAAUCUUUAUCCCCAGACGGGAUUUCUCCAUUCCUAUCUUGUAUUUUGGACACUGAUAAGGAACAAAAGAGUGCUGUUCGAAAGGAAUGUGUUAGAUUAAUGGGUGUGCUGGCUCAAUUUCAUAAUGCUGUCAUUGGGCCGCAUGUCGUUAAAAUGGUUGCUACAAUUGUUAAGAGGCUUAGAGAUCCUGACUCUAUUGUCAGGGAUGCUUGUGUGGAGACAAUGGGUAUUUUGGCUUCUAAAUUGGCUGUUGGUAGUCGUCAUCAUCACGGGGAUGAGAGCGGUGGAGUGUUUUUGUUGUUGGUGAAGCCUCUUUUUGAAGCCUUGGGUGAACAGAAUAAGCAGAUGCAGUCUGGUUCAGCAUUAUGUUUGGCUAGGGUUAUUGACAAUACACAUGAUCCUCCGGUUUCUAUUCUGCAGCGGAUGCUGACUCGUAUGAUUAAGUUGCUUAAGAAUCCACAUUUCAUGGCUAAACCAGCAGUUAUUGAGUUGAAUAGAAGCAUUAUUCUGGCAGGGGGUGCUCCCUCGCAAAGUGUUCUAUCUGCAGCAAUAACUAGCAUUCAAGAAGCACUGAAAAAUAGUGACUGGACAACUCGCAAAGCAUCUUCUGUAGCUCUAGCAGAGAUUGCUUCAUGUGGUGGAUCUGGGUUGGGAUCCUUCAAGGCUUCUUGCAUCCGUUCUCUUGAAUCGUGCCGUUUUGACAAGGUUAAACCAGUUAGAGACACGGUGCUCCAUGCAAUACAGUACUGGAAAAGUCUUCCAGGGCCUGAUACUCCUGAACCUUCAGAAACCGGGUCUUCAAUUAAAGAAAAUUUCUGUAGGGGUGACUACAAUGACCUUACAAGUACCAGUGAUUCUAUGAGGAAAGAUGUCACGCCAAAAAAAAUUGUGACGGACUUAGCUAAAAGAAGGGUUCCUUUAUCUGUUAAAAAACCAUGUCAGAAUUAUGCUGAUUCUCAGCGUAACGAAGCAGAUGACUGGAGAAUUGAAAUAGCAGUGCCGAAAUCCCAUAAUAUUUAUUCAGCAGAUCUUGGUAAUGAGUCUGAGGGCAGUUCUAUUACUAAGAGAUUAGAAAGAGUCAGUUCUGAUAUUACAAGCACACUAGAUAAUGGAUGUGAAUAUGUAGUCGUUGAUGACAAGCAAGAUUGUUCGUCUGUCUCCAACCUGGUUGCCGACAACUUUGAUACCAAAUAUGUGACAGUUUCUCAUGAGGGCGAUUUGUCAAAGUUGAAAGGAAGAAACCAAUGUUUUGCAGCUGCAGCGAUCGAUAAUGGGGAACAAACAUUCUCUUCACAGAUGCAAGAUGGUAGCAGUCAUGAUUCUACAGUCACAGAAACUAGUUUUCAACCAUCACAUAGAUGCUGCUCGCAGGUGGCUAAUGAACUGACUUUCAUUCACAAGCAACUUUCACAGAUCGAAAACAAACAGUCUAACCUAAUGGAACUGUUGCAGGUGUUUUCAGCUGGCAUAAUGGAUAACAUGUCUAUAUUAAGGUCUAAGGUGUCUGCUUUGGAGCAUGAAGUGGACAGAACAGCUAACACUCCCAUGCCAGGGGCAAGACAUUCUGAUUUCGCAAUCUCCAAACUUACGAGGCAGAAUCAAAGUGUUUCUUCUCCAAGAGUUUCAACAUCCACCCCAAGGCCAUCUGUUGAUAUCACCAAUAGACAAUCAACUUUGUUUGCUGCAAAAAAUUCUGACAUUUGGGAGGAAAAGACAUAUGCUGGAAGCAGAUCAAGCAUUUUGGCUAAACAGGGCACAGAAAUAAGAACUAAUUCUACUGUAAAGACUAUCAGGAACACUAUAAUGAAGGACAUGCACAAAAGCACUGGAAAAAAAGAACAGAACAUCUGUUGCACGAGAAAAGUCGAUGCUUCUGUAGCUACGGUUUCUAGGGAAAAUGGUCAAGUGAACAAAAAUUACUCGUGGCAACGUGUGAAAAAUUUUCUAUCUGAAGGAGACCUUGAUUCUGCAUAUCUAGAGGCUAUUUUUUGCGCUGACGAACUUGUUCUAAUUGAGCUUCUAGAUAGAACUGGUCCUGUAUUGGAAAAUUUAUCCAGCAAGACAGUCGGUGACGUUCUAAGCACUUUGGCAUCUUAUCUUUUAGAACAAAGAUUUACAAACUCUAUAAUCCCAUGGUUGCAGCAGGUGGUGGACUUGAGCACAAUUCAUGGAUCACAUUAUUUGGCGCUCUCUGCAAAAGCAAGGAGAGAAUUCUUGUGUGCAAUUCAGGAGGCUGUUAACCUGGAAUUUUCAAAUCCUGCUGAGAGAAAGUCCAUCACUCAGCUUGCAAUGAGAUUGUGCCAUCUGUGGGGGAAUAGUUGCUGAUAAUUCAAAUCCAGAAGGGUAGCUUCCACUACAUUUCUAUUUUUUUUAUUUCUUUUAAAAUAGGUAAUUAUGCUACUGAUGCUGGAUCUUGGCUUUUGGAUUUAUGCUUUACACGGAAUUUUUUCCCUGAAGAAAAGAGUUUGUUCAGAA